AUGAUUGAUGACUCAGUCUUUCAACAUGCAGUUGAUUUAUGGUCGAUAGCUAACCUGCCAGAGUUGCAAAAACAGCUUGACGAUAGUGUCCUUACAGUCAAGGAACUGGAGUCUAAAUCGUUAAUUUCACGUAAAGCACUAGCGAGUGAAACCAAGCAGUUCAAGAAACUUGAUGGCGAUGAAAAAUUAGGACAAGUGAACAAAAUGAUCAAAAGUUAUCAGCAAGAAGUGGACAGCCUUACCUCUAGGUCGAAAUUCUCGGAGGAAGUGAUCUACAACUUAUACUCAAAGCUAUCAGAAACACCAGACCCGCAGCCACUCUUAGAGGCAUUCGUACAGCAGUCGGAAAGGAUCGACGAUGUUCAGAAUUUGAAUAGCACCAUAGAGGAAUUACAGAACAAGAUUUCGAAAUACGCAGAUUACGAUAAAAUCCGCGCACGCCUUCUGGAUCUAGAACAAAACUCAGCUAAAACCUUAACCAAGAGACUCUCAGCUAAAGAGCAAGAGUUAAACUCGCAGUUUCAGGAGAAAGAGAGAAACUGGAAAGAACGUGAAAAAGAACUAGCUCGUCAAUUGGAAAGCUAUAAGGAUACUAAUAAAAUACUAGAGACCAAACUGACGCAAACGGUUGACGGUAAUGGUGAUGUUGCUGAGAUAAGUGAACGCCAAUCGGCCGAGCACCAAUUGCUGUCUCAAGAAAUUCAAUCGUCACAAGCUAGAGUAAUUGAUCUGGAGAGAAGAAACGAGGAAUUGAGCGGAGCCCUAGCGAAAGCAACAAGUGAAGAAGAGCGAGAGUCUGAAAUGAAUGCCAAAAAUUUGAAAAUCAACGAGUUGGAAUCAGAAAACGCACUACUCAGCGCCUCCCUGGAGCGUGAACGGAAUUCGAUUAAAGCAGAGAUGAGAGCUAAACAGGGGAGCAUAAAAGCUCUAGAGCAGCAAUUGGCCACUUCCCAAGAUGAACUCGAUAAAAAGAUCCGUAAAUUAAACGUUUACGCAGACUACGAUACUAUUAAGCAAGAAUUAUCAGCAUUAAAGAAAAUCGAGUUUGGAGCAUCUGACGAUGAAAGUGGUAAUGUGGAUUCUGCGCUUCUAAGUGCCAAUAAAAAACUACAGUCAAAGUUGGCCGAACUGCGAGGAAAGUUCAGCGGAAUGGAGAAGGAAGCGACACAGUUGAGCAAGGAAGUUAAAAGGUUGACAGAUCAAGUGAAGCAUCUGGAAAGUUUGAACACGAAGCUAGAGCUGGACUUAGAGAAAGUUGAUAAUGUGAGUGUUAUAAAUGACACAGUGAGUAUGAUGUCGGGAGUGACGCGACAAAUGAACCGAGUUGGAACCUCUACCAGGCCAGGUGGUAAAUUGUCACCAACGAGCUCAAUCGUAGGGAUUCCAGAAGAAAACGAGCUUCAAACAGUUUCCAAUGGGAACUCCACAAUUUUGCCCAUUGUUACGCAGCAGAGAGAUAGACUACGUGCCAAAACCACAGAGCUUGAAAAGAAAUUGAGACAAACCAAUUUGAAUCAAGGCCACUUGCGGACGGAGUUGGAGAAGUUCAAAGCCGACAACACUAAGUUGUACGAGCGUGUAAGGUACCUGUCUUCGUACGGAUCUAAGAGAGACAAUAUGGAGGAUGACAAUGCAUACUCUCGAACCUACAACGAAUCCUUACAUCCGUUGGCGGAAUUUAGGCAGCAAGAGCUGGACCGGUUUAAGAAAACGGGCAUUUCUCCAUUGGAGAAAUUGUUUUCAAGCUUCGCCAAGAUAGUAUUGGCCAACAAAACUAGUCGAAUGUUAUUCAUGUUUUACUGUCUCGGUUUACAUGGUUUAGUAUUGAUGAUAUGCAUUUACGUGGCCAACCUCAGUGGCUACGGAGAGAUGAGAGUUGAGAAUGGAGUAAAGAUAUAA